GGCUCAGGGGCUGAACGCCGUCAGUGUAAGCUGCUGUCGCCGCCUGGCUAGUCCUGCGCCGCGCCGGGCGCCGGCAGUGGGGCGGCAGAGCAAACAUGAAUGUUGGAGUUGCCCACAGCGAGGUGAAUCCAAAUACCCGUGUAAUGAACAGCCGGGGUAUGUGGCUGACAUAUGCAUUGGGAGUUGGCUUGCUUCAUAUCGUCUUACUCAGCAUUCCCUUCUUCAGUGUUCCUGUUGCUUGGACCUUAACAAAUAUUAUACACAAUCUGGGGAUGUACGUAUUUUUGCAUGCAGUGAAAGGAACACCUUUUGAAACUCCUGACCAGGGUAAAGCAAGGCUCCUAACUCACUGGGAACAACUGGACUAUGGAGUACAGUUUACAUCUUCUCGGAAGUUUUUCACAAUUUCUCCAAUAAUUCUAUAUUUUCUGGCAAGUUUCUAUACGAAGUAUGAUCCAACUCACUUCAUCCUAAACACAGCUUCUCUCCUGAGUGUGCUAAUUCCUAAAAUGCCACAACUGCAUGGUGUUCGGAUCUUUGGAAUUAAUAAGUAUUGAAUGUUUUGAAAGUGAACAAAAAUUUUUACAGCUACUAAGUUUCCUAUAAGGAAGAAAGGAGUGGUUAGUAAACUGCACUGUUUCUGUAAUAAUGUGAAAAGAGAGGUAUUUACAUUGGAGGGCCAAUUGCUGGUUCUUCAUAUGUGCUUUUGAAGUGCAGAUUUCUACUAAAAGAUGCUUCUGUUUAAUGCAUCUGGUAUAUUUCUGAAGAGAGGCUUUAUAGGCAGUCUGGGAAGGCCCAGCUUAUAAGUUAAAUGGCAACACAGGGUGUAGUAGAUAAAUUCAAGGAAAUAACAGAUGUGUAAGAAACUUGGACCAGCCUUACUUAUAAUGAAUGGGCAUUAUGUUAGGAAAAGAAAAUUUCCAAUCAUUCAGUCAUGGGCAGUUUAAGCACACUUAAAGGUAAACCAGAAUUUCUCUUUAUAAGUUUAUUAUAGAUUGUUUUUAUUACCAUACAUAUUCCUCUUGUUUUAAAUAAGAGAAUAUACGCCCUUUUGUUUUUUACAAGCCAAUUCCUACUUAUGAGUGUUCUUUUUUGGUUUUGCUGGCUCAAUAUUGUGUGUUGAUAGAUGAUGUUAUUUUUACAUUUAUUACAUUACAGAGGUCAUGAAGGUACAUGACUCAUUGGUGAUAGAAGAUAGUCAGGUAUCUUACAAGCAGCCUCUAAGUCACCAUUUUAAUUUUGGAACAAAGUGGGUUAAAACUGCUUUCCCAGACACAAGGCUGCUAAACCAAUUAAGAAAAUAAUUUAUUUCAAGCAGCUAAAGUAUAUGGUAAUUUAAAGGUGUCUGCUUAUUUGGUUGAGCAGUUUAAUCAGUAAAAUGUCAUUCUUUGGAAAAGGAAAUAUAAAAUGGACAACUUUAUAGCCAACCUGUGGUCUGGCAGAAACUGCUUCUCUAGCAAUAGUACCAUAGUAAGUAACCGAGUUUUUUUAGCAGGUCUGCAGUAAAAGACAACAUAGUCUUUUCUUAGUCCUGCUUUCAACCCCCAUAUUUUUCCCACUUAUAUUUUGCCCCCCAUUUAUUGGGGGGGGGUGGCGGUUGGCGGUACAGGGAUCUGAACCUUUGACCUUGGGUGUUAUAACACUGCGCUCUAACCAACUGAGCUAACCAGCCAGCCCUGUUUGCCUUUAGAUACGUGAGUCUUAGUGUAGAUAAACCAAAAUGGUAACUAUUUUCAGAGAGCAAUCAUAUUGAAUUCUUGUGACUUAGGGAAGCUUCCUAUAGUUGCUAACAUUAUUUGCAAGAAAUAACUAUAUACUACUUUGAGAAGUAAACAUCUCAAAAAAACACACAAAGUUCUAAUAUGGGAUGAAACUGAAAAAUUCAGGAACAUUUAUAAACAAAAUUGAGUAAAAAGACUUAUAGACCAACAUAAAAAUCAGUUUGUGUCAAUAAGCUGACUUCUGGAGGUAAUGAUCAUUGUUUUGUAUUUCAAAAGUAUUGAGUUUAGAAAUCAGUUGUAUGAUACUGCCUUUGUAUGUCUGUCUUUUCCCAUGUCUUUUUAAAUAAUCAGUAAUCCAUACCUGAAUAAAAUUCUUUCCUUGGUGUAGGAUUAUUUCAAAAGCUCUACAAAUUGAGUCAUCAAAAUUACACUGGUGUUUUUCAAGUUUAUUUUUAAGUAACUAAAUUUGUGAAGUUAAGAUAUCUAAAAAUAUUCCUUUGUUUUUCUUCAUUUUAAAGUUUAAUUAUCUCAAAGGCUUACAUUCUUUGCACAUACUUCAGAGAUAAAAGUAUGUCUCUGAUACAGGCCUUCUUCCCCUAGCUCCCUGCUUUCCCCUUUCAAUGUUUUAAAAUAUUUACUCAAUAGAUAUUUGAGGGCCCACUCUGUUGCAGGUAUUAUUUUAGGUAUUGGCGGAUAGUUUGUAUACAAGAUAAACCAACUCCCUUCCCUUACGUGCUUACAUUCUAGUUGGAGGACAGAUAAUAAACAAAUAAAUGAAUUAAAAGCAAAUAUGAGUAUAUGCUAUUUCAUGUAGUGAUAAAUGCUAUGGAAAAAAAAAAAAGCAAGCAGGUGACAGGUAGAGGAGCCUGCAUCAGAAAGUUCCUCCCUAAAGAUCCAUUCUGAGGUGACAUAUGAACACAGACCUUGCUGUUGGUGUGAAGGAACAAAGAGUACAAAGAUCAAAGGAAAGAGCAUUCCAAGUAGGGGUAAUGACAAGUUAAGUCACUGGGGCAGGAAUGAGUCAUGUCUGAGGAAGAACAAGACAGUCACUGGUGCUGGACGGGAGUAAGCAAGGAAGAAGAGAAUGGUAGCAAAUGAGGUCCAAGAAGUAGGUAGGGGCUAGAUCAUACAGGGCUUUAUAGAUCAAGAUAAUGAGCAUAUUCUGAGCGUGACAAAGGCUUUGAAAGUUUUAUUCAGGAGAUUAAAGGGCUCUAAUUUUUUUAAGGGUCACUGACUAAUGUUGAGAAUAAACUGUAAGGGAAUAGAAAGGAGGAAGCAUAGUUGGGAAGCUACUACAGGCAAGAAGUAGCUCAGACUAGGGAAGUAGUGGAUGAAGUGGUGAGGAGUGGUCAGAAUUUCAGAUAUACUUUGCAAGUACAGUUUACAAGACAUUGAUGUAUGUGGGAUGGGAGGAUGGAAUUAAAAUGGCUCUUAAUUUUUUGGCCUUACUACCUAGGUGAAUGGUUGUGCUAAACAUGGAAACUCGCUGAUUUCACAAAUUUGUAGUUCAAUGUAAAAAAGAAAAGACUUUUUUAAAAAAAAACAUAAUAUAUAAUGGAAUUAUUUGGAACAAAAUCAGUUGCCAAGCUAUAAUUGCUCCUAGCUUCAAGUCAGGAGACAUAACAGCAAUUUCUCAGUAGUCAUGAGCUCAGAAAUGCUCUAAUUUUAGCAUUCAUCCGUGGAUCUUUCCUGCAGCGAUUAGUACUGUGGAGUUCUCAUGAUGAUUUUCCAUUUCCCUCAUUCUUUCUACAUUUAUAUAUUGGUAUUCUGUAAGGAAAAUUUGUCCUUUCUCCCCCAUAUAUUUAUUUAUUCUAUCAUUUAUAUUGUGGACUCAUAGGUAUUUUAUUCUUUGGGUUAUAAUUCAUUAUUAUCAUUAUUUAAUUUGUUACUCAAAUUGUCCUCCAUCUUUGACCACUGGGAGCUUUUCCAUGUAGGCUCCUGGGUCCUUUUGACUUGCCCUCCCCCCUUUUUUUAGGUUUAUGAUAUUAUUGUCUUAAACCAUAAAGAUCUUAAGGGGCAUAAUAUCUCCCUAACUAAUAUCUGUGUGAAUUAGCUUUAUAAAGCAAUAUGAUGCUAGGAGUUGGAAAAGCCCUUAGAGACCAUGUAAUUCAGCCCCCUACUUUAGCUUAAAUCUUCAUUAACCACCACCCCUCCAUUCAGUUCUCUUUUAACCCUAACAGAGGAGGAUUUACCACUUGUAAGACAGCAUAUUCCACUUUGUAAAGAAUUUAUAACUUGAUUUACAUUCAGCCAAAAUCUAAUCCUUAUUCUACAUAACCCUUCAACUAUUUAAAGAUAACUUUUAAAUUGUAUUAAUAGCAUUCAGUAAACAUUACUAGACCUCACCAUUUUCCAUAUGUUACUGUUUUAAAUUUCUUCCACUCUCCUGGUAAUUCUACUCUAGGUUCCAGUUUAUUAUAACAUGAGAGCAAACACAAGAGGUGAUAAGAUGUGAUUAACCAGAGCAGUAUCACUUCCCUACUUUGUUCUAGAUGCUUUUUAAAAUUUUUAAUACAGUCUGAUGUCACUUUAGCUAUUUUGAAAGCCACAUAUCACUAAUUCAUUUUAUGGUCAUUAAAACCUCAAGUCUUCAACAGGUAGUACUGUUAAAUGAUGGCUUCCUCAUUGUAUACUUAUUAAAUGGAUUUAUUAAACCAAAAA